AUGUUCUCAACCUUCACGGGCAGCUCCCGGCGGCCGAGAAACGUGAACCUGAGCGGGCAGGCCAGCAACCCGUUCUCCAACACAUCAUGGUCUCCUUCGGCCGCUUCGAAUGCUACAAAGACCGUUUCGGAUGCGCAGGCCGAUCGAGAAAAGCGACAGGCGGAGAGACGGCGUUUGAAGGCCGCGUCACAGAUACAGAAGACAUGGAGAGGAUACAGAUCAAGGUCUACCCUGAAGGAGCAGCGCAGGGAUGACUUUGAUCUCGUCUAUCAAUCUCCCUCCGAUGCCGAUGCUUUCCAGAGGCUAUACGUUUCUUUCCCCCUCCUGUUGUCUUUUUUCUCUGCCGCUCAUGCCGGUGAUGUGCAACGCCUGUUCUUAUUCAUCAAAGACUGUAAUCAUGUCUCUCUGCAGCAACUAUGUGACGCCAGCCAUCAUACGUCUCGACUCCAACCAUUAAUGGUCGUUCUGGUGCAAGCUUUGGACGUUUUAGUCGUUAAAGGUGAUACGACAUUGGAACUUCAGCAUAUCCUUACGCUCAUCAACCAUCUGGGCGUCAACUUUCCCCUCAUCAUAUUAGCAUCAGUCAACGAGUACUAUGCGGCAUUGGCAAAGCUGUGCCAAUCGCAGCGUAGUCGAGAAUGGCUAGAGCCAGUCUUUAGAUCUAUAUCGGCACCUCUGAAUACAGGCGCGGAACAUGAGUCAGAAUCAUACUCGGCCUUGGCACUACGAUUUCUAACCACGGACAACCUCCAUUUCUUUGAGCAAAACAUUGAUCAUGUAGGCGACAUGAUCAAUAUGGAGAAGCUUGCGACAGAAAUAUUACGAUUAUAUACUUAUAAAUCCGAUAAUUUGCCAGACAAGGAUCAUCUCCUCUGGCUCCUAGCCCAUUAUAUUGACUUGAGCAGGGCGCAGAAAAAUUCAAACCAGAAUUUGAUCAAUCUAAAAGCCAUUUUCACACAGCUAUCUGCAUUGUCGUCCGAUAUUAAUAUACGUAUCAGCACACAGCCGUCCCCUGAGCAACUCAACGACGCAGCUGCCGAGUCCCUUAUCUUCCCGUCAACAUCAUACAUUACUCAACAGCUACUACGACUAGUUGACAGCAAUGGCAUUUCCAGCUUGCUACGUGACUUCUCUAUUAGCCUGGCACAGUCUUCAAACCAAGAGCUGGAAGGUAGCGAGCUCCUUGCUGGCUAUAUCCUCUCUUUACUGCAAAGUUUCCCCACAAGAGCCGACGACACACGCAUGAGGCUGUUCCUCGAAGAAAUACCUACUGCAGGGGGCAAUAUCCCCAUUGUCAAAUAUCUCUGGCAGAUGAUGACCAAAACCUCGAUAUUUCAAAAACUAAAGGCUGAGUCUGAGCGACCAGCGAGAGUGCUCCACAGAUACUUUUAUGAGACUGUAUCUCGAUCUUCUUCGGCUCACACAGAAGAACAAGAAUGGAGAAUCAUCCUCUUGUUUUUAGAGCUUUAUACCUUCAUUCUUCGACUAAGCGAUGAUGAGGAUUUCCUGAGCGGCAUUUACCCUCAAGUUUUAAGCAGCGAUGUUCCACAAUCACGAACCCGAUCAUGCAGUUUGGCACUAAAAGACAUUGAAGCGCUCAUUAUAUUCCUCAAAAAUACAGCGUUCGCUCUGCAUUACAAUGUUCAAGAAAUCAUCCAAACUCGGGCAGCUGUUGAGGCUUCAGCUACAGCCCGACUAAACUCCUACUGGGGAGACUCGUCGACAGUCUCAGAUGGGCCCAAGGCCGCUAGCAAACCUCCAGCUUCGGAAGUAUCUACAAAGCUCGAUUUAGAGAGCCUUCGCGCAAUAAUCACCACUUCGUUGAAGAUGCUUUACGAAAGAGACUCGCGGAAGCAUUUCUUGUCAGCAGAUCACUGGCUCAUGACGGGCAAACUGGAAAAGGAGGAUUUUGUUGGAGCUGUCAUAGCGGAAGAAGAAAGACAGAUCCAGGAGCAGGCAGAGGAUAGCGACGCAGAGGCAGACGACGCUAUAUCUCCAUUCGAUGACGGUUUUGGAUCGCAUGCAACUUUUGCUGCGCAGCGGCUUUCUCGCCACGUCAGAUUGGAAAGGCUCAAGGCCCGCCAGAUUCGCGCUCAGAGGGAACGAAGACUUGCGGAAAUGGGACCCAAAUUGGAAAUUCUCAAGCAUAUUCCGUUUGUUGUUCCGUUUGAGACACGAGUUAUGAUAUUCAGAUCCUUCAUCAACCUCGACAGACUUCGUAGAAGUGGCAAUAGCACAUUCCCGAUGCCUCCCUUGGGAAGACACCAUGCGAAAAUCCGUCGCGGUCAGCUAUUUGAGGAUGCCUACGAGCAGUUUUAUCAGCUGGGAGAGGGUUUAAAAGACCCUAUUCAGAUUACCUUUGUUGACCAGUUCGAUACCCCUGAGGCGGGUAUAGAUGGUGGUGGCGUUACAAAAGAAUUCUUAACCAGCGUUACAUCAGAAGCUUUUGCAAACCAGCUUGGAGGCCUGGGUAUGUUUACAUCUAGUGAUAAAGGGCUACUAUAUCCUAAUCCCAUGGCUCUGGAUAUACUUCGCGAGUCACUGCGACAACAAGGGCUCACCGAGUCUGAUCACGAGUGGAGGGAAACAAUAUCCGAGUUAUUCAAACGUUAUGAAUUUCUUGGCCGUAUUGUAGGAAAGUGUAUGUAUGAAGGGAUCCUUGUUGACCUUGCAUUUGCCGGGUUUUUCCUUCUGAAAUGGCCAUCACCAAAUCGAAAAGAAGAGAACAGCUACAAAGGUAGUGUCAACGAUCUCCAAGACAUGGACGAGGAACUAUACAAGGGUCUCCUUAACCUCAAGAAUUACCCGGGAGACGUAUCUGCCCUGGGGUUCGACUUUACCAUCACGGACCAGGUGUCAGCUCCAGGGGAGCCUGUCAAGACUGUUAGCAGAAAGCUGGUGCCCAACGGUGAUGAGGUACCAGUUACAAACGACAAUCGCCUGCUAUACAUAUCCUACGCAGCUCGUCAUCGCUUAGUCCUGCAGCCGGCUCCUCAGACCAUGGCCUUUCUGCGCGGGCUUCGCGAAAUCAUUAGACCUUCAUGGCUGUCUAUGUUUAACCAAUCUGAGCUACAGCGUCUGGUUGGCGGUGACUCUAUGGAGAUUGAUGUCGAGGACUUACGCCGAAACACAGUCUAUAGCGGUCUUUACGCUGUGGGUGAUGAUGGAGAGGAGCACCCCACAAUUAAAAUGUUCUGGAACGUCAUGAACGGCUUCACAGACGCUCAAAGGCGCGACGUUCUCAAGUAUGUCAGCUCAACGCCGAGAGCACCGCUUCUUGGCUUUGCACAGCUGAAUCCAAAGUUUGCCAUUCGGGAUGGUGGCUCGGACCAAGAACGACUGCCGAGCACUAGUACGUGUGUUAAUUUGCUAAAGCUACCGGUUUAUAAGUCAGAAUCAACUUUACGAACGAAACUACUGUACGCGAUAUCGUCAGGGGCUGGGUUUGAUUUGAGUUAGAGUUUAAAGCGUGGUUAGCAGGAUAGACAAGGAAUAACACAUGUAGGGAUAAAUGCAAGGAGUUGGAGUAUAAUGCUAAAUUUGAAAACAC